UGUCGUGCAGAGCACCGUCGACAAGAUGCCUACCCGUUUCUCGAAGACCAGGAAAGCCCGCGGUCAUGUCUCCGCCGGUUACGGUCGUAUUGGAAAGCACCGUAAGCAUCCCGGUGGUCGCGGUAUGGCCGGUGGUCAGCACCACCACCGCACCAACCUCGACAAGUACCACCCCGGUUACUUCGGUAAGGUCGGUAUGAGGUACUUCCACAAGACCAACCAGCAGUUCUGGAAGCCCACGAUCAACCUCGACAAGCUGUGGACCCUUGUUCCCGCCGAGAAGCGUGAGGCCUACCUGAGCGGCCAGAAGACCGACACCGCCCCCGUUAUCGACCUCCUUCCCCUGGGUUACUCCAAGGUCCUCGGCAAGGGCCGUAUCCCCGAAGUCCCCGUCGUCGUUCGUGCCAGAUACUUCAGCCGGGAUGCCGAGAAGAAGAUCAAGGAGGCUGGUGGUAUCGUUGAGCUGGUGGCUUAGAUGGAAUGACAACGGAAGGACCAGGUAUUGGGCGGGUGCUGCACUGACCAUGGUCAGUGUAAUAGAGGAUCAAUCUCAUCAGGAAGGGAUUUGACAACUCGACAAUGGGAGCCGCGGAUCGAAACGCAUUGGUCCGUGUAUUUACAAAAUAAAAGGGUCUUUGUUUGCGAUGAGCAUGUUAUGGCCUCCAGACGCCCUUACGAUUUCACUCUAUUAAACAAAAUACCAUCAGUGACGUUUUGACUUUUCCGACACUUCGCCUCACUCAAUUCUAUACGUCAUGCCUUCGCGUGUCAAAUCUUUGCGUGCUGAACAUGUGCCCUUGCCAGUAAAUCUUCUCGCACUGAUGUUGGAGCCAGUCCGUAAACGUGCCCCGUAUUGGUCGAAAUGUUUCACACUCGCCAAUAUCACCGAUAGUGUUGGACAAUUUAGCGUCACCUUUCUGUCGUUCUUGUGGAGUACGUAGUGUUAGGAUAGUG